AUGUCUUUGACAGACGAUGCUCAUACUGUUCGCGUUCAAUUUGCUACUCUGGCACAAGUGCAUCAUUCUUUGCUCAAGUAUUGGCCUGUAUCCAAAAACACCAAGGCUGUGACUGUGCAAGGAAAAGACUGGACCUUUGUCGAUGGUGGAUUGGCUCACCGUGAGCUCUAUCUCCACAAGAUCAUGACCCACAAGCUAAAGCCUGCGACAGUCUAUCGCUAUCAAGUAGGAUCUGUGGUUGACCACCAAGAGCAUUGGUCUGAAGUAUUCGAAUUUCAUACAGCUUCAAAAAAGGACGAAUUUAGCUUUUUGGCUACAGGAGAUGUGGGUGCUUGUAAUGCAGUUGCUGUUCAACAUCUUAAAGAUUUUGCCAAGACACAUCAAUACGAUUUUGUUACUUUGGCAGGAGACCAAGCAUACGACAUGGCUGACUUUAAUGGUACUAAGGGAGACGAAUACUUGAACUUUAUGCAAAAUUUGUUUGCCCGUAUACCUUACCUUGGCUCUGUGGGUAAUCAUGAAGGCGCUUAUAACUUUAGUCAUUACAAGCAUCGUUUUGACAGUGUGCCCUAUACAGAAAGCAAGUUUGAUAACUCACUCAUGUAUUCCAUCAAUUACAAGUCACUUCAUUUGGUCUCCUUUUCGACUGAAAUCUAUUUUACGGGUACUCCAGAUGAAAUCAAGACAGCCAUUCACUGGCUGGAUGCUGAUCUGACAAAAGCCAAUCAACAUCGUCACCAACGUCCUUGGAUUAUCUUCUUGACACAUCAUCCUAUCUACUGCUCUGUCAACAGUACAGAUUGUACUACCAAAGCCAACAAAAUCAGAAAUGGCGUUGUGGAUCCUGUCAGUAACCAGACAUGGGGAGGCUUAGAAGAUUUGUUGUUAAAGCAUCAAGUGGAUCUUUAUUACAGUGGUCAUGUUCAUAACUAUGAAAGAACAUGGCCUGUAGCUAAAGGAAAACGUACAGCUACUUCGUACCAUGAUGCUCCUUCUUUUUUCCAGAUUGUGAUUGGUAAUGCAGGUCAGCCUGAAGGUCCUGUUGCCUUUGGUUCUGGUCCUUUCCCUGAAUGGUCUGCUCAACGCUAUGGUAGUUUUGGGUUCUCUACUUUCCGUGUCACACCAAACACGCUUCAGAUUGUACAUCAUCAAGCCAAUGUAGACGGAUCUUUAGGCGGCGCCAUCGAUCAAGUCACAGUGACUAAGUCAAAGCAUCAACGUCGUUGUACUUUUUAA